UUGGCGCCCAGGGCACCUGACAACGGUCCCAGAGGUUGGGAGUUGGAGCCCGCUUCAACGAGUCCCAGAAAGCUGGAUGCAGCAGCUGGCGGGCAUGGUAGUGUUCACAUGAAGCUUAAAGUUCACCCAGAAAGCAAGCCUUACCUAGUGACUAGACACCUGUCUGUGUUCACUCCAAAGAGGAGAAAAGGAGCUUCCAGAAAUGAGGGCUGAAAUUCUGUGGCUCAUCCCCUUCUUCACUCUCACUGAGCUCACCAACGGCUUCCCGAGGAGAAAUUAUGACUUCAAAACAAAAAGAGAAUUCAGUGUGGAUAAGCAAAUCCAUCCAGUCCAGGAGUACGAGGUGCUGCUUCAGAUGCCUUACAGAGAUGCCAAGGAGAAGAAAGAAUUGGAGAGAUUUCUGAAGCUCUUGAAAUCUCCAGCAUCAUGCUUACGUGGGCCCACCAAGAUUGUCAGAGCAAAGGCCACCACAUACUGCAGCAGCCUAAAUGGGGUCCUGCAGUGUGCCUGUGAAGACAGUUAUAGCUGGUUUCCUCCCUCCUGCCUCGACCCCCAGAACUGCUACUUUCACAAGACUGGAGCCCUCUCAAGCUGCAAAUGCCAUCGUGCUGACCUCAGUCAGAGUGUCAACUUCUGUGAGAGAGCAAAGGUUUGGGGCACUUUCGAAAUUAAUAAAAAAUUUACCAAAGACCUUUUGAAUUCAUCUUCUGCUGUAUACUCCAAAUAUACAACUGAAAUUGAAAAUCAACUUAAAGAAGCAUACAGAGGAAUCCAAGGUUUUGAGUCAAUUCAGGUCACCCAGUUCCGAGAAGGAAGCAUCUUUACUGGCUAUGAAGUCACAGGCUCCAGCAGCACAGCUGAGCUCCUGUCUGCCAUUCAACAGGUGGCUGAGGAGGCUAAGACAGCCCUGCACAAGCUGUUUCCACUAAAAGAUGGCUCCUUCCGAGUGUUUGGGACAGUACAGUGUUACAGCACUUACUUUGGAUUUGGGUCUGAGAAUGAUGAAUAUACCUUGCCCUGUAGCAGUGGCUUCACCGGAAGCAUCACGGCCAGGUGCCAGUCCUCUGAGUGGCAGAUCACUCGGGAGUCCUGUGUGCUCUCUUGGCUGGAAGAACUAAAGAAGAACUUCAGUGUGAUUGUGAGCAAUAUCACAGAGGCAGACGUGUCAUCCUUGGUGCAAAAUCUUUCCACCAUCAUUCAGCAAAACCCCUCUACUACAGCUGGGAAUCUGGCUUCAGUGGUGUCAAUUCUCAGCAACAUUUCAUCCGUGUCACUGACAAAGUCUUUUAUGGUGUCUAAUUCAACGAUGAAGGAUGUCAUCAGCAUAGCUGACCAUAUUCUGAAUUCAGCCUCCAUAACUAAUUGGACAAUUUUAUUGCAAGAAGAAAAUGGUGCCAGCUCACAGUUACUAGAGACGUUGGAAAACAUCAGCACUCUCGUACCUUUGACUGCUCUUCCUCUUAAUUUCUCUCUAGAAUUCAUUGAUUGGAAAGGGAUUCCAGUGACCCAAAUCGAAUACACACAGGGUUAUAAUUAUCAGGUUGAAAUGAUCCAACAAAAUUCCUCCCUUCCCAUCAGAGGACAUAUACUUAUUGAACCAGACCAAUUCCAGAAAUCCUCUCUAGAAAGUAUUAUCAGCAUGGCUUCCUUGACUUUCGGGAACAUUCUACCCAUUACCCACAGUAGGAAUGCACAGGUCAAUGGGCCUGUGAUAUCCACGCUUAUCCAAAACCAUUCCAUCGAUGAAAUUUUCCUGAACGUCUCCAAGCUAGAGGCAAACCUGAGCCAGCCUCUCUGUGUGUUUUGGGAUUUCAGUCACUUGCAGUGGAGCAGCGCAGGCUGUCAACUAGUAGAUGAAACUGCAGACACGGUGCUGUGCCGAUGCACUCACCUGACCUCCUUCUCCGUGCUCAUGUCACCCUCUGUCCCCCCUGAAUUUGUCCCCAUAGUGAAAUGGAUCACUUACGUGGGACUGAGCAUCUCUAUUGCAAGUCUCUUGUUAUGCCUGAUCAUUGAGUCUCUGUUGUGGAAACAAACCAAGAGAAGCCAAAUCUCAUACCUGCGCCACAUUUGCCUGCUGAAUAUCAUCCUGUCGCUCUUGAUCGCUGAUGUUUGGUUUAUUGUUGCUGCGGCUGUGGACACCACCGUGAGCGCUUCUGGAGCCUGCAUAGCUACAGUGUUCUUCACCCACUUUUUCUACCUUGCUUUGUUCUUCUGGAUGCUUGUGCUUGGCAUUCACCUGGCUUACCGAGUCAUCCUUGUGUUCCAUCACAUGGCUGUGCCUACCAUGAUGGCUAUUGGGUUUGGCCUGGGCUACGGGUGCCCUCUCAUUAUAUCCGUCAUCACCAUCGCAGUCACCCAACCUAGCAAUAACUACCAAAGGAGAGACAUGUGUUGGCUUAACUGGUCCGAUGAGAGCAAACCUCUCUUGGCUUUCGUCGUCCCUGCAUUGACUAUUGUGGUUGUGAACUUGGCCGUGGCACUGCUAGUCCUCAGGAAGCUCUGGAGGCCGGCGAUUGGAGAAAAACUGAGUCAGGAUGAUAAGGCUACUGUCAUCCGCAUGGGAAAAAGCCUCCUUACUCUGACCCCGCUGCUAGGGCUCACCUGGGGCUUUGGCAUAGGGACAAUGGUGGACAGUCAGCGUCUGGCUUGGCAUGUUCUUUUCGCUUUGCUCAACGCUUUUCAGCUACGACAAGUUCUGUCCAACAAGUUGUCCCCAUUAAGUUCUUGGAAGCAAACAUCAAAGCAAAACUCUUCAGAUAUACUUACCAAACCUAAAUGCUUAAAGUCAUUCACUAUACUACAAAACAAAGGCAAUUACACCCUUUCUCAAAUUGGAGAUUCUUCUAAUGACAUCACCCUAACUCAGUAUCUAUCAAUGGAAUAAAAUCAGGAGCCAUAAAAUCAAGGACAAAUUCUUUUAGAGCAAUGCAACAUUCAGAAUGAAGUGUCAGUGAAGACAUUAUGCUCAGAAUCAAAUGGGAUUGCAAGACUUCGAAUCUGAGAAUAAAACAAGUGACCUCAGUGGCUUCAGUCCUACUUCCUGUAUCUUAAAUUUAAUAGAAGAAAUUAAUUUCCAGUGGCUUGAUUCAAAGAAGUUGCUCUACAAAUGCAGAAGAGUGGGCUUUGUAAAAAGGGUGCGAGUUGGACUUCUCAUGACCACAAAAUAUGAUUUUCUUUUUCAUGAAUAGCACAUUAUAGGGCUGGAGUGAUGGCUCAGCAGUUCAGAGCACUUUGCU